UAUUAGAUAUCUGUUCUCGUCUCCUCGGUGAUCCGCUUCCAAUCUGGACCCUUCCUAUAGUUAUGUGCUGUGAUUCCCGGUGGAAAAUAAAACGCUGGACCGGAGCGAACCGAACCGAACCGACGGUCUCUCCCUCUCCAUUGAUAGCGGCUAAACUCGACUCGCUGCCGUCAUCUGUCUUCGGGCUCUCCCAACGUCGAAGCGCCGUUUGAACAUGAGGAUGCUGAUGACGUCAGAGGCCACGGGACAGCAGUCUUGACAGGAAGCGGAGUCAUGGCGGCGGCCAUCGGGAGCGCCCGCCAUCCGUGAGGCCCAAUGGCGGACAAGACGGCGCCGCGAUGCCAGCUGAGGCUGGAGUGGGUCCACGGCUACCGCGGGCACCAGUGCCGCAACAACCUCUUCUACACGGCCGGGAAGGAAGUGGUUUACUUUGUGGCCGGCGUGGGCGUUGUCUACAACGCCCGCGAACACACCCAGAAGUUCUACCUGGGACAUAACGAUGACAUCAUCAGUCUGGCGCUGCAUCCCGACAAAGUGCAGGUGGCGACCGGUCAGGUGGGCAAGGACCCCUACGUGUGCGUGUGGGACACGUACGGCAUGCAGACCGUCUCCAUCCUGCGCGACGCGCACACGCACGGCGUGGCCUGUUUGGCUUUCGACGCCGACGGACAGCGGUUGGCCUCGGUGGGUCUGGACGCCAAGAACACGGUGUGCGUGUGGGACUGGAGGAGAGGACGCGUACUAGCCUCGGCCACCGGACACUCGGACAGGAUAUUCGAUGUGGCUUGGGAUCCUCAGCUUUCCACGCGACUGGUCAGCUGCGGCGUCAAACACAUCAAGUUCUGGACUCUUUGCGGUAACGCCCUGACACCCAAGCGCGGAAUCUUCGGGAAGACGGGGGACCUCCAGACCAUUUUGUGCGUGGCCGCCGCCAAAGAUCAGACCACCUACUCGGGAGCGCUCAACGGUGAUGUUUACGUGUGGAAAGGAGCGGCGCUGGUCCGGACCGUGCAGGCGGCGCACGGGGCGGGAAUCUUCAGCAUGCACGCCAGCGAGGAAGGUUUCGCCACCGGCGGACGCGACGGCUGCGUGCGCCUCUGGGACGCCGACUUCAAGCCCAUCACCAAGAUCGACCUGAGGGAAGCCGAGCAAGGGUACAAAGGUCUGUCAAUUCGCAGCGUCUGCUGGAAGGCGGACCGUGUUCUGGCCGGCACGCAGGACAGCGAGAUCUUCGAGGUGAUGGUGCGCGACAGGGAUAAGCCGCUGCUACUGGUGCAGGGACACAGCGAAGGCGAGCUCUGGGCGCUCGACCUCCAUCCCAAACAACCGGUCGCCGUCACCGGGAGCGACGACCGAUCCGUACGGCUGUGGAGCCUUCCCGACCACACCCUGCUGGCCCGCUGCAACAUGGAGGAAUCGGUGCGCAGCGUCUCCUUCAGCAACGACGGAUCCCAGCUGGCUCUCGGCAUGAAGGACGGCUCCUUCACCGUCCUGCGAGUCAGGGACAUGACGGAGGUGGUCCACAUCAAGGACCGCAAGGAGGUGAUCCACGAGCUCAAGUUCUCUCCGGACGGUUCCUUCUUGGCGGUGGGCUCUAACGACGGCGUGGUGGACGUCUACGCUGUGGCGCAGCGUUUUAAAAAGGUCGGCGAAUGCGCCCGCUCCGCCUCCUUCAUCACCCACCUGGACUGGUCUGUAGACUCCCGCUUCCUGCAAACUAACGACGGCGCAGGGGAGCGCCUCUUUUACCGGAUGCCAGGAGGUAAACUGGUGUCCAAAGAGGAGGCCAAGGGUGUCCACUGGAUGACGUGGACCGGGGUGCUGGGCCCGGAAGUCAACAGCAUCUGGCCCAAAUACUCCAACGUGAGCGACGUCAACUCGGUGGACGCCAACUACGCCAACGCCGUGCUGGCCGCCGGCGACGACCCGGGCCUGGUCAAGCUCUUCCGCUUCCCGUGCUUCAAGAAAGGCGCCAAAUUCAAAAAGUACUCGGGACAUUCGGCCCACGUGACCAACGUGCGCUGGUCGGGCGACCUGCAGUGGCUGGUCAGCACCGGGGGGGCCGACCACGCCGUCUUCCAGUGGCGCUUCCUGCCCGAAGGCGUCAUGAACGGGGUCCUGGAGCCCCUCCUCCAAGAAGGGUACGCCGACUCCAACAGCGGCGAAUCCGACUCAGACGUGUCCGACGUCCCCGAGAUCGACUCGGACAUCGAACAGGAGUCUCAGCGCAACUACGAGCGGCAGGUUUACAAGGACGACCUGCCGCAGCUACGCCGGAAGCUGACGGGUUCCCUGAAGAGGCAGAAAGCUCCUGAGGAGGGACUUCGCCUUCAGUUUGUUCACGGGUACCGGGGUUUCGACUGUCGCAACAACCUGUUCUACAGUCAAACGGGCGAAGUGGUGUACCACGUGGCCGCCGUGGCGGUGGUCUACAACAGGCUGCAGCAUACUCAGAGGUUCUACCGGGGCCACGACGACGACAUCCUCAGCCUGGCCGUGCACCCCUUGAAGGACUACGCCGCUAGCGCUCAGGUGGGCCGAGACCCGGCCGUCCACGUGUGGGACAUGACGACUCUGAAAUGCCUGUCGCUGCUCCGAGGUCACCACAGCACCGGCGUCUGCGCGCUGGACUUCACGGCCGACGGCAAGAGCUUGGUGUCGGUCGGAAUUGACGACUUCCACUCGGUGGUCAUCUGGGACUGGAAGAAGGGCGAGCGACUUGCCAAAAGCAGGGGUCACAAGGACAAAGUCUUUGUAGUGAAAAGUAACCCUUUUAGGAUGGACAAGCUGGUGACGCUGGGGAUGAAACACAUCAAGUUCUGGCAACACUCAGGCGGCGGUCUGACGUUCAAACGCGGCAUCUUCGGGAACCUGGGAAAGCAGGAGACCAUGAUGUCGGCUUGUUACGGGCGCUCCGAGGAUUCGCUCUUCUCGGGGGCCGCCAACGGAGACGUUUACGUUUGGCGAGAUACGGCGCUGGUCAAGACCGUCAAGGCCCACGACGGGCCCGUAUUCGCCAUGUGCUCCCUGGACAAGGGUUUCGUGACGGGCGGGAAAGACGGCGUGGUGGAACUGUGGGACGACGCCUUCGAAAGAUGUCUGAAGACUUACCCUAUCAAGAGGACACUUCUGUCCCCCGCGUCCAAAGGACUGCUGCUGGAAGACAACCCGUCCGUCCGAGCCAUCGCGCUGGGACACGGCCACAUUCUCGCCGGCACCAAGAACGGAGAAAUCCUGGAGAUCGACAAGAGCGGACCCAUGACCCUGCUCGUCCAGGGUCACAUGGAGGGCGAGGUCUGGGGUUUGGCCGCCCACCCUCUGCUUCCCGUCUGCGCCACCGUCAGUGAUGACAAAACUCUGAGGAUGUGGGAACUGUCGGCCAACCACCGAAUGGUCGCCGUGCGCAAGCUCAAGAAAGGCGGACGUUGUUGCGCCUUCUCCCCUGACGGAAAAGCUCUGGCGGUGGGUUUGAACGACGGGAGCUUCUUGGUGGUCAACGCCGACACCCUGGAGGACAUGGUGACCUUCCACCAUCGCAAAGAGCUCAUCUCCGACAUCCGCUUCUCUCAAGACGCGGGCAAGUACCUGGCCGUGGCCUCCCACGAUUCCUUCGUGGACAUUUACAAUGUGCUGACCAGCAAGAGAGUGGGCAUCUGUAAAGGAGCGGGAAGCUUUAUCACUCACCUGGACUGGGACUCCAGAGGAAAACUUCUUCAGGUCAACACCGGAAGCAAAGAGCAGCUUUUCUUCGAAGCUCCCCGGGGACGCAAGCAAAACAUCGGCGUAGCAGAGUCGAACAAGCUUGAGUGGGCCAGCUGGACUUCGGUGGUGGGUCCCACCUGCGAGGGAAUCUGGCCCACCUUCGGCCUGGUCAACACCGCCUCGCUCAGCAAAGACCGAAAACUGCUGGCCAGCGGCGAUGACUUCGGCUUCCUGAAACUCUUCGGCUUCCCGUGCAGGGGUCAGUUCUCCAAGUUCAAGAAGUACGUGGCUCACAGCGUCAACGUGACCAACGUCCGCUGGUCCAACGACGACGCGCUGUUGCUUUCGGUGGGCGGGGCCGAUACGGCGCUGAUGAUUUGGACGCGGGAACCGGCGGGUCACAAGGAGAACAAAGCGGUGGACAGCGAGGAGUCCGAUGACGACCCCGAGGAAGACGGAGGUUACGACAGCGACGUGGCCCGGGAGAAGGUGGUGGACUACGUGACCAAGGUCUACUCAGCCAGCAUCAGGAAGAUGACGGGAACCAAACCUCACCUGCGGCACAAGGAACUUCCCGGAGAAGAGAGACCUCCCGUGAGCCGAGCCACUCCGCUGCCUGACAAGCUGGUAAGAAACAACGUGUCCAAGAAGAAGAAGGCGGUGGAGGACCUUCAGUUGGAUCACGUCUUCGGGUACCGAGGCCUGGACUGCCGCAACAACCUUCACUACCUCAACGACGGCGCCGACAUUAUCUUCCACACCGCCGCGGCGGCCGUCGUACAGAACCUGUCCUCAGGAACUCAAAGUUUUUAUCUGGAGCACACGGACGACAUUCUGUGCCUGACUGUCAACCAGCACCCCAAAUACCAAAACGUCAUCGCCACGGGGCAGAUCGGUGACGCCACAGAUCUACCAGGUUUCGCUCCGUCCAUCCACGUGUGGGACGCCAUGACCAAGCAGACUUUGUCCAUCCUGCGUUGUUCACACGCUAAAGGCGUGGGCUACGUCAACUUCAGCGCCACGGGCAAGCUGCUCCUGUCCGUGGGGGUGGAGCCUGAACACGUCAUCACCGUGUGGAGGUGGCAGGAAGGCGCCCGGAUUACCAGCAAAGGCGGCCAUCCGGAGCGGAUCUUCGUGGUGGAGUUCAGACCCGACUCAGACAGCCAGUUUGUGUCGGUGGGCAUCAAGCACAUCAAGUUCUGGACUGUGGUGGGCGGUUCGCUCUUGUACAAAAAAGGCGUCAUCGGCGCCGUGGAGGACGCGCGCGUGCAGACCAUGUUGGCGGUGGCCUUCGGAGCGAACAACCUGACCUUCACCGGCGCCAUCAACGGAGACGUGUACGUGUGGAGGGAGCACUUCCUGGUUCGAGUGGUCGCCAGGGCGCACUGCGGUCCCGUCUUCACCAUGUACACCACCCUGAGGGACGGACUCAUCGUCACGGGCGGGAAAGAGCGGCCGACUAAGGAAGGCGGUGCUGUCAAACUUUGGGACCAAGAGAUGAAGCGAUGCCGAGCCUUUCAGCUGGAAACCGGUCAAGCGGUGGAGAACGUCCGCUCCGUCUGCAGAGGGAAGGGCAAGAUCCUGGUGGGAACCAAAGACGGCGAGAUCCUAGAAGUGGGAGAGAAGAACGCCGCCUCCAACACCAUGAUCAACGGACACACUCGCGGCGGGAUCUGGGGACUGGACGCUCACCCUUUUAAAGACGUCUUCAUCUCGGCCAGCGACGACGGGACCGUCCGCAUUUGGGACCUGGCCGAUAAGAAACUCUUGAACAAAGUCAACCUGGGCCAUCCCGCCAAGUGCGCGUCCUACAGUCCUAACGGCGAGAUGGUUUCCAUUGGCACGGAGAACGGCGAGUUCAUCGUCCUCCUGGUCAACUCGCUCAGCGUGUGGGGCAAGAAGCGAGACCGCAGCGCGCCCAUCCAGGACGUACGCUUCAGUCCGGACAACCGCUUUCUGGCGGUGGGAUCGGCCGAGAGCGCCGUGGACUUCUACGAUCUGACGCUGGGCUCGUCCCUCAACCGGAUUGGCUACUGCAAGGAUAUCCCGGGCCGCGUCAUCCAGAUGGACUUCUCUGCAGACAGCCAGCACAUUCAGGUGUCCACCAGCACCUACGCUCGGCAGGUGCACGAGGUUCCUUCGGGCAAGCUGGUGACGGAAGCGUCCCUGGUGGAGAGGAUUACGUGGGCUACGUGGACCAGCAUCGUAGGCGACGAGGUCUUGGGGAUUUGGCCCCGUAACGCCGACAAGGCCGACGUCAACUGCGCCUGCGUGUCCCGCGCCGGCCUCAACCUAGCCACCGGAGACGACUUCGGCCUCAUCAAGCUCUUCGACUUCCCGUGCUCGGAAAAAUUUGCCAAGCACAAGCGCUACUUCGGCCACUCGGCGCACGUCACCAACGUUCGCUUCUCCUGCGACGACAAGUUUGUCAUCAGCGCCGGCGGCAGCGACUGCAGUUUGUUUGUAUGGAAAUGUCAGUGAGUGGCAGAAUCCUCCCUCCAGCCAAGGCGACGGCGGCGCUGCUGACUCGACUUUGACCUUGACGGAUGCGCCAACCGAGAAAGGGAAAAAACAAAGGACAAUACAGCGAGCGCGGCAAACGACAAGAGUCGUCAACUAUUUUUGUGUUUCUUUAUUUGUUUGAAAUGUAGGGGAGGGGAAAAACAAACUAUUCUCUGACUGCAGUAAAAUUAUUUUCAUUUUAUUUUGGCGAGGAAGAGGAAGUCGAUGCACAUGAUUCACUUACUAAAAUGAAAAUACGUCGCGCGGGCCAGAUCUGGCCCCGCCCCGGGCUUAGCUAACCCUAAGCCCGACCCCGAUGUUGUUAUUGUGUCGUGCUACGCUAACGGAAGCGUCGUGUGUUUGUGUCUAGCCGGGCGGUUUUAAAAAAAGAAAACGGCUAGCCUGAUUUGGUGUGCUAGUUGCAUGAUUCAUUGAGCUCGUGCGGACAUGACGUAAGGUUAGCGUCAUUAGCGAGGGGAGCCGGCGAACGGGACGUCGUGAGUCUGCUUGGUUUAGCUUAGUGCAAAUGUUGUGUGUGCGUGAGAUGAACACGUUGAGUAGCGUUGCAUCGAUACUAUUGGUGGAGGAACAAAUGUGAACAGGGUGCGAUGGAUGCUAAUUGGGGGAACGUCUGGCGGGUGGGGAUCCAAUUGGAUUAUUGUUAGAGUUGUCCGAUAAUGACUUUUUAACCAAUAUCUGAUAUUGUCCAAUUCCAAAAAAUCGGAUUCAGAUAUAGAACUGAUCCUGAUAUAUGCGGUCUUGCACUUACUGUGUUAUUGCUAAUUGUAUUGUCAUGCCCCACUGGAUGCUUUAAAGCAACACUAGGUAACUUUUCAACCUUUAUAAAAUAUUUCCAUAACAUUAGAUAUGAUAAUAUGUCAACUGACAACUAGCAGUGUUGUCACAGAUUACUUGAAAAAGUAAUUUAAUUACUGAUUACGCCUCAAUAAAGUAAUCUAGUUACUUUACUGAUUACUUCAUCAUCAAAGUAAGUUACUUUAAAAGCAAUUUAUCAGUUACUUUUUACCCAUUUGUCUCCCUUUGCCGCCUCAAAAUAAGAACGACAACAGAAAAAUGUCAUCACAUGUAAUUGACUUUCCGAUGAUUGAAUUUAAAGGGGAAUAUCAGAAUUUCGCGCUAGCUUAGCCACUCCCGAGCCCUGAAACUAACAAAUAUCUGACAAACUGCUUGGAAUUUGUUGAAAUCAACUCCACCGACCAAUUAAACCCCGCUAACUCUAAGAUUCAGCCUAAUGUCAAAACUUCUGAAUUUCGGGUUAUGGUUAACAGCAUAUCAGUGCCAAUGUAAAACAAUGCACACCGACGCCACAAUAAUCAACAACACACAAGUGGAUUGUACAGUGCGAAAAACACAAAGGUGGUGGCGGGCGUGGAUGCGCGUGCAGCCGUGCACAUUAACAACCCGGAAGCACUCCUCUCAACACAAACGCGGUCAAUUUGGCCACAAAACGUGGCGGCAACUAAGCACUUUACACUCAGUCGGACUUACAACACAUCCCACAGAUGCUAAACGAACACAUCACCUCACGGCAUGAAUGUGCAACACGCAUAUGAUGUAAGCAAAGCUUGCCAACUUGGAGCGAUGACUGCCCGUCGUUGCUACGGCAAAGCUACGAGACGGCCGCGCAUGUAAGGGGUCCAACCUUUUGCUGAUACCCUCCAGAAUGAAGGAAAAAUACUCACCUUCAUUCAUGGAUAUCCACAGAUCAACAUUCCCUCGCAACGUCUCAAUACUCGGCGCGAAUGUCCACCCACCUGAGACCAAAAUAGGAAAUAGCUAAGAGGUUGUCAUGGAAACACAUACCGGGAACCUUUUAUUUUAGCAUUUUCUAUUCAAAAUACUCUUCGUACAUGACUACAAUAUUCUUCAUUCUACAUACGUUAUGAGGCAAUGAAAAAAUAGUAAUGCAGAGACACUAAGGAAACUAACUUUAAUCAGAUUACUGGUGUAGAAAAAUGAACGCGUUAGAGUACUCGUUACUGAAAAAAGUAAUCAGAUUACAGUAAUGCGUUACUAACUAACGCGUUACUGACAACAAUGACAACUAGUUGAAAGACACAUCUUUUAUAUCUUGGGUCUGUCAGUCUGUCCGUCAGCGCUGACAACCUUGGGUGGGGUGGAGGGGUUUGGCCAUACGGUUGCUAACCGUGAUAUGCUAUUGUUUAGCCACGACUGGAUUCAUUACCUUUUAUUACUAUUCAUCCUUCACACAGCCGCUGGAAACAGAAAUGUUGUUUACCCAUCUGCAGGCGACCCGGAGAUUGAUUUUUGAUUGAUUAAGUGAUGAUUUUACGACACUGUGCGGGUGUGCGCUGGUCUUCAUGGGAAACGCAGUCUUCCUUAAGGCAAAACACUGCCGCUUUUUUCUGUCGGCGUCGCUAAAAUCGACCAAAACUAAAAAAGUUACCAAGUGUUGCUUUAAUAAUGAUAAAUGUAACAACUUGAAGGUUUUCCAAAUGAAAUAAAAAUUCUGUGAAAAUUAAGAAAACAACUUCAACUGAAAUUUUAGAAAAUAAUUGUCCCUUAUGAAUAAUAUAAAUUGAAAUGAGGCGAAAUGUCCAUCAUUAAAUAAAAGGAAUGAUUCACAAUUAAGUCACGUUUACAGCAGUUACCCCAAAGAGCCUCUAGAGGGCGAUGAAAGCAUUAGAAAGAAAUCAUAGGACAUUCCAAUGCAGGACAAUUCCCAAGAUGCAUUUUGCUAUGCUUUUUCACUUAUUUAUGUAUUUUAUUACUUUUCUUAGUGACUAUUUCUUUCCGGUACCACAGCAGUUAUAGGUCAUGAGUUUUUAAUUCAUUACUUUUCAAUCAUUUAUUGUUCAUUUCAUUUCAUUUUUGCACUAUGAAUGCAAAUGGUCUGCUCACAUAACAAAUCGCAAGCAUCAGAGUUUGGAGACAUUUAUUGGUCAAUUAGCAUAACUGUGGUGCUGAGCUUUUGACCACCCCUUAUACCAAGGCAGAAAGCUUUGAAUGUAACAUGUAUAUUGGCCCAAAACCAUACAAAUAUUGUUCGAUAUCAUGUGAAAAUGCUAUUGUCGGCUAUCUGAGAAUAUUGGAACAACUCUUCAAGACAAUUGUUUAAUGUGUGGGUCGAUGCUAAUGAUAUUUGAACUCUUCAACACUAUAUUCCAGCUCCACGCACCAUCUUACCUUUCUGUUUGACCCUCCCCUUGCCCAACCAUGCCCACUUUACAUGAUCAAACCAGACCUUCCUAGAGGCCCGGGCCCCACCGCUCCCCCCUAAGAGCCGCCCCUGUAUACAAGUAUUUGUACUGAUACAGCAGUAAAAUGACAUUAUCAUCGGGGAGUACUAAAAAAAAAAAAUAAUGAACCGAAGCUGAUAUAUAUGUACUUUUGUAGUUUCCGGUCAUCCUACCCAAGAUGGCCGCCGCAACAAAACCAGCACUCGUCGCCCUUCCCGAGUUGAUGAUAGACAACCAAUCGUGUGGCGAUCAGUCAAUUAAUUUAUCCCCUGUAGACGUCCAAUCUGCUUGAAGUGGGAGGGCUUGCAGCGAAUGACUGAACGUUGAUUGAACGUCUAGUGCCGUCUUAAUAAAAAAAAUCCUGAUAUUGCUGCUGUACGGGCUGUAGAUACCAAGUGGCUGCGUGUGAGUGUCGGUGCAACGCUAACGUUUAGUCUGGGUGUUAGUUGGCGCGAACUUGAAAUCUGCCGCAUUUCCUACGUGUGAUGGAUUUGACAAUGCAAUCGGCACAAUGAGCCCUUUCUCUUCCUGUUUGUGUGAUUCGAUAAUGUUUGAUGUCAACAGCGAGACUCCUUUUACAAUAAAAGUACCUGUGAUAGUAAAUCAAAUCCAUU